GGUCCCACCCCCCAUGUCUGCCCAGCAGGGUUGCGGGUCCCUCACGUGCCCCGUCAAACAUUAACAGCCCCUCGGCGAGGCAAGCAGCGCAGCCAGCAGCAGCACCCAGCCACCAUGGCAUUCAGCACCCGCCUCGCCUCCUCCCUCCGCUCUGCCCUGGCAGCUCUGCACUGGGCAGCCCCCAGGCAGUGCCGGGGGCUCAGCACCCCGCAGGGAGCAGAGCCCUCAUUCAAUCUUGGGGGCAUCUUCCCACCGCUCGCCACCCCCUUCUCACCCACACAGGAGGUGGACUAUGCCCAGCUGGAGGGGAACCUGCACCGCUAUGCCCGCAUCCCUUUCCGAGGGCUGGUGGCGCUGGGCUCCAACGGGGAGUAUCCAUACCUGGCAACCCAUGAGAGGGUGGAGGUGGUGAGCUGCGUGCGCCGGGCUCUGCCCAGGGACCGCUUGCUGCUGGCUGGCUCGGGCUGCGAAUGCACCCAGGCUACCAUCAAGCUGACAGUCAGCAUGGCAGAGGCGGGGGCUGACGUGGCACUGGUUGUGACACCCUGCUACUACCGGGGGGCCAUGACCACUGCUGCCCUGAUCCAUCACUACACAGAGGUUGGCGACGCAUCCCCCAUCCCUGUGGUGCUGUACAGUGUCCCUGCCAACACCGGCCUGGACCUGCCCAUGGAGGCCAUCAUCACCUUGGCUCAGCACCCGAACAUCAUCGGGAUCAAGGACAGCGGUGGGGACAUCACCCGCAUGGGGCUGAUGGUCCACAAGACAAGGAAGGAGGAUUUCCAGGUGCUGGCAGGAUCAGCUGGCUUCCUGCUGGCGAGCUAUGCUGUGGGUGCCUCCGGGGCUGUGUGUGCCCUUGCCAAUGUUCUGGGUGACCCAUUGUGUCAGCUGGACCACCUGUGCCGCACGGGCCAGUGGCAGGAGGCCCGUGACCUGCAGCACCGCCUCAUUGAGCCCAACACAGCGGUCACCCGCCGGUUUGAUCCCGGGCUGAAGAAGGCCAUGGAGUGGUUUGGCUACUAUGGAGGUCCCAGCCGUGCACCCCUGGCCCCUCUGAGCCCUGCCCAGGUUGAAGAGCUGAGGAGCGCCUUCAGUGCCAAUGGCUGGUUGUGAGCUGCUCUCUAUCUGCCCCUUCCCACACUGGGAAGGUACGGAGUCAGGGACCCUGGGAACUGGGGACAUUUUGGGGAUGCUGGGAGGUGGCCAGGAGAGGGCCACCAUAUUACUCUUCCCUGUUAGACUGGGCUGGACUGGGCAGACUGGGUAGAGGAGGGCAACCCCAUGCCAGCCUGCAUCCCUGCCAGCCCCCAGGGACCUGUUGCCUUCACUUGGGAAGGGGUGGAUCCUUGUGCCAUGAAUAAAUCUGCAGUCUCCUCUUUGU